UCAAAGCUCCCAAAAACUCCAAUGGAGGUGUUCUUGGUGAUACUCGCGGCUUCCAUCGUAUCCUCCACAGCGAGGGCUUUUUCGUCUUCUCCUCGAUCACCACCUUUGCAGCACUGUCCAAGCGCAGUCUUCUGGUUUGGAGAUUCUUUCGCAGACACUGGAAACGCCCAAGCGGCAUCUCCAUUCAUUAGCGCGGCCGAGUAUCUACCAUAUGGAAUGACACACUUUGGAAAGCCUUCGAAUCGAUAUUCUGAUGGUCGCCUGGUGACUGAUUUCUUCGCUCAAGCUUUCCGGCACAAGAGCUCGCCCGGUCCUAUACUCCAGAGCCUCAACUCAAACUACGAGCACGGGAUCGUCUUUGCGGUGUCUGGAGCCACGGCUUUGAACACGAGUUACGUCGUCCCAUUCUAUCUCCCUGUCCAAGUCGAUCAAUACCUUCGCUUCGUCAAGGAUGCGUAUGGAAAGCCUCACCAUCACCAUGAUAGAAAAACCAAGCUUCCUCGAAAACUUCGCAGUGUACUACACGUCGUCGUUGUCGGCACCAAUGAUAUCUUCGGUGCUUACAUCCGGAAGCUAAUGGACCCCGGCAACGUAACAGUGGUGAUCGUUCCACAGGUCGUCCAAGCGAUUUCUCACGCUAUCCAGACACUGUCCGAUAGCGGUGCGAGCCAAAUCCUGGUCCUGAAUUCUUUCCCUCACGGAUGCAUGCCUUUGAUACUUAGCGUGUUUGGAGACCUGCCCAAGGACUCGCGAGGAUGCCUGUCACCUCUUAACGAAGUUGCCGAGGCCUUCAAUCGCUCCCUCUACAAGCUUGUCCAGGAUUUGAGUUCCAAGCUCAAGAACACCCUCCUCCUCUAUGCUGAUGCCUUCAAGUUCACUCUAGACGUAAUGGACAGGCCCACCGACUUUGGCUUUAGAAACGAAACCAAGACCUCGGCUUGCUGUGGAACUGGCGGGGCUUACAACUUCAACUCAACCAAGCUCUGUGGCAAAGACUUCCAACCCGAGAGCACCACUCUGAAGCCGUCCGAGUUCGUCAGCUGGGAUGGCAUCCACUUUACCGAAGCUUUCUACGAGCACCUGUCCAAGGCCCUGCUCACUGGGAAGUACCUGGAUCCCCCUCUCGACUUCUCGGAGGUUUGCAAACUUGGCAACGUGUAGCUCAGCUCAGCCGGAGAAAUAAGUUACGCUCUCUUCUUUUUCAUGUUCCGCCACUUGUCCUUGAGAUCUUGGCCUGUUCUACUGGGAUGAAACUUUCCCAUGCCGAAUUGAAGUAUCGUUGUCCACCUGGAGCCGUACUGCUGAUAGCCUUUCUGGAAACAGUAUCAAACGUUACAAAGAAUAAAUAUCUCAUCGUUUUGAA